GAUAUUUACAAAUUCGUCCUAGAUUAUACCAGCGCGCCCUAUUUGACUCGAAGUCCUCCCUCUGACUUUUCCGGCGAAACUUGGCUGGCAAAGUUCACGUUUCGCCGGAUUCUGGGGUUGGAGCCUGAAGCUAAAAAUUAAUGGAGAGUUACUGACUAUUUUCUGGCGUUUUUAGUAGUGCUUUACGGGCUGCCAUUAAUAUUUAUUGAGUGUGAUAUAUGCUGAGAAUUAGAAGAAGAGGAGUAUUUACAGUAAUUAAUGGAAUAAUGAGGGCCUCCUCUUCUAUGGAAACUGAUUCCAGUAACAAAAUUUACGUUCAUUAUGGGCACGAUGAUUACUGUAAAUUUAACAGGUGGACUUCCAGGGAGUCCUACCAGUUUAUGUAUGAUAGACCAUGGCAACAUAUUGUGGAUUUCUAUUCUUGUUUGGUAGACCGGCGUUUGUCAUUGUCUAGCAUGUUCGUUGUUGAGGGAAAUAUGUUUGAGGAUGUGAUUGAAGAAACUCAUGCAUGCAAGGAAAUUGAAUCAGCUGAGACUUACAAGGAUUCUAGGGGUGGGAGAUGGGCAAGAAGGACAUUUAAAAUAGUUGUUUCAUACCAUGGGAGUUCCUUUGAUGGGUGGCAAAAGCAACCAGGCCUGAGAACUGUUCAAGGGUCAGUUGAAAGCGUUCUUGGGAAAUUUGUGGAUGACAAAAAAGCUCAGCAGCUGAGAGACAAAUCUUUACCUGUUGAAGGUUGUGCAACAGUUGCUGGGCGAACUGACAAAGGGGUAUCAGCACUUCAACAAGUCUGUUCAUUCUAUACUUGGAGGACAGAUGUCAAAACUCAAGAAAUCGAGCACGCAAUCAACACAGUUGCCCCAGGACAGCUGAGAGCUGUCUACGUUUCUGAGGUCUCACGUGCAUUCCAUCCUAAUUUCUCAGCUAAAUGGAGGCAUUAUUUAUACAUUUUCCCUCUCAAGGUUGAAGAGGAAAGCCUGGGCCUUGAAAACAUAGGUGGUGGUUUUAUUCAGUGCAACAACCAUGAUGAAGAAAGGAAAGAAUGGGUUGAAAAUGGGCUAGAGAAUGGGUGCUCAAUAAUGGUAGAUGAGGACUAUCUUGAGAGAAGUAAACCAAUGAGAUUCAGUGUUAGCAAGGUUGAUAGAAUUCUGCGACAGUUGGAAGGGAGGUUAUUGUCCUAUAAAAUGUUUGCAAGGGAUACUAAAUCUUCAAGGAAUGAGGGUCCACCCACAGAGUGCUUCCUUUACCAUGCUCGAGCAGCUGAAACCAGACUACCUUGCCCAGAUGAGGUUGAUGGCAAUGGAUUAGGAGUCAUGUGCGUGGAACUGGUAGCAAAUAGGUUCUUGCGUAAGAUGGUUCGAGUUCUUGUAGCAACAUCAAUAAGAGAGGCAGCUGCUGGUGCGGGCGAUGAUGUGUUGCUUAGGCUCAUGGAUGCAACAUGUAGGCGAGCCACUGCACCUCCAGCUCCUCCGGAUGGCCUUUGCCUUGUGGAUGUUGGUUAUGAAGAUUUCAAGCCAGGAAACACAUUCAUUCGAUGAGCAGCAACCAGUUUACUUUUGUGUGUGUGUGUUUGUGUGUGUGUGUGUGUGUGUGUGUGUGUGAGAGAGAGAGAGAGAGAUUGCAUCUAGAAUGUCUAGAUUGAAUUGGUCUGGGAUUUUCUUGGUCCGUUCAUCAGAGAGUCCAAUAUUUGUGAGAAGUUUAGAUUUUAGACGGAGAGGGUAUAUCUAUUUUUAUAAGUUUGGCUUUUUAUUAAAUUAUUUCUACCUAGUUCAAUUUUUCAGGGGAGAAGCCUUUGUUCAAGUAUUUCCAUACUUCACAAACAAUGCAUGAUCCACUCCCUGUUAUGGGAGCCAUGCGAGGAAUAUUUUUUAUCUUGUUUAAGUUGAGAGAACAAUACUUGUCGGGAA